GGGCCGCGCGUGCGCCUUGCGAGGGGCAACAUGGCGGCGUGCGAGGCGUUGGGCGCGGCGCGGUACUUCACGCGCUGGUACAAGGCAGACGUGAAGGGGCGGCCGUGCGAGGAUUUCUGCGUGCUGCAGCACUCCAACAGGAUCUGUGUCAUCACGUUGGCAGAAGCCCACCCUCUUCUUCAGCAUGGGAAAACAAUCACAAGUAUUAAUUACCAAAUCAGUCCCAACUGUAGCAGGCUUCAGAAUAAGGUCUCUGGGAAGUCCAAAAGGGGAGCUCAGUUUUUAACAGAACUUGCCCCGCUCUGCAGGAUCGCUUCAUCAGAUGGAGAAGAAUAUACCAUUUACAGUUGCAUACGAGGGCGACUGAUAGAAGUGAAUGAAAACAUUCUUAGCAACCCAGCACUUCUGCAAGAAAAGCCGUCAACCGAGGGAUACAUAGCAGUGGUUCUACCCAAAUUCGAAGAGAGCAAGAGCGUAACUCAGGGGCUCCUGACACCAGAAGAAUACAAGGAGGUUUUAUCGAAACGUCAGAAUUCUUCUUCAGGAAGUUAAUGAUACAGGCAGCAGCUAUGUUUGAUGCUAAAUAAGCUGCUUGUACCCAGCAGCUUUCAUUGCAUUGAAAGGGCUGCAUUUAUAAAAGUGGAACUUCACGUAUUUGUUUUAUUCUUGUAUGAAAUGGGGAAAAAUAGUUUGUAUAUUAAAAUCUGUUUUCUCUCA